CACUGAUGACGACGACCCAGAAACGAUAUAUUUCAAACGAUACGCUACUAGGAGACUUGUCAGGUUCGUAAAUAGGGGCCCCCUUUCUUUUCGUCGUUUUUCUUUCCAGCAUUCAUACUAUCCCCAGAAACUAUGAUGAUCCUUCAUCUCUUCGAAAGAGAGAAUACCUAACCACUAACAUUGGGAUUAUCGCAAUAGACUACUGGUACGCAACGAGCUACCGGCCCACGAGGGUGCGAUGGCGUUGCACAUGGGUGAUUUGUCAGAGAGCGACUUCACUGAUGAUGAGUCGCCGAAUUGGAAGAAUGUUGUGCGAAGAUUUACUGUCAACGAAAAGUACGAUGAUAAACGAACACAUUACCAAAACGGACAAAUUGGCUUUAGAUUUGUCGACGAAUUUUGCCGUUUUUGUGAAUCCAAUAAAGUCGAUAUAGUUAAGAUGGAGGAUACAGAUGUUGAAUUGGCACGCGAAAGGGUAGAGGCAUGCCUUUUUGAUUGGCCCAGCGACGUUCAUCGACAUCAGGUAUCAGCAAAUUUCGAAUUUAAACUCGCCCAGAGCUGCGAGGAUCAAAGAGCGUUAGAUAAAGCUGCACUCUCUUCAGCAGUAGAUCCAAUGCAUGUCGAGGUAACGGGCUUAAAUCCGAAUUACCGAGCGUGGUCAGUCGUGGAAGACCUUUCAGUGGAUGGAUAUGGUAUGGUGCCUAGCCGUUAUUUGAUACCUAUGUGGAACCAAAGCAAAGUGCCCAUGCGAGACUAUUAUGUAGGUAACAUCUAUAUCAUCUGGAUAUCCAACCCCUCCAGCACACAUUUAGAAACUAACUAGCUAACAUGUGUUUUCGUAGUGGUUUGGUGCCGAGGUAAUUAGCCCUCCAUUACCUUUUGGUGAUCACAAGGCACGCAAAGCCGUUCAAAAGGCUUGCGGUGUACUUCGUAAUAGCCUGCGUUGCCACAAGCCUAUGGAAUGCUCAA